GGGGAGCCCGCGUGUCUCUGUGUUGCCCAGGCUACGCUGGCGUGGCUAUUCACAGGCGCGAUCCCGCUACUGACCGCCACGGGAGCUUUGACCUGCUCCGUCUCCGACCUGGGCCGGUUCACCCCUCCUUAGUCAACCUGGUGUCCCGCAGCUCCCCGCGGGUCACCAUAUUGAUGGCGGCCUUAGCUUGGACGCCCGCUCGGCACAGCGCACGGCAGCCCAGAACUCCUGGGCUCAAGCGAUCCGUCGGGCUCAGCCUCCCCGGCAGCUGGGACUACAGGCGCGCGCCACCGCGCCCGGCGCUCGCACCGUGCUCCGCCGCACAUACGAGCUUCUGCAGCGGUGACGUCACGGGGCGGGCAGACCGGCACCGCCUACUGCGUGACGUCACGGCGCGGAGGGAGCCACCCACCGCUGUGGGCGGGAAGCGGGAGCCGCGCGGUGCACGCCGGGAGGCGCCGUGAGGGGUAUAAGGGCAGGCGGCCGCCGCCAUCUUUCUCUCGGUACCGCGCAGCCAUGGGCCACCAGCAGCUCUACUGGAGCCACCCCAGGAAGUUCGGCCAGGGCUCCCGCUCUUGCCGCGUGUGCUCCAACCGCCACGGCCUCAUCCGCAAAUACGGGCUCAACAUGUGCCGGCAGUGCUUCCGCCAGUACGCCAAGGACAUCGGCUUCAUCAAGCUGGACUGAGCCCGCGAGGAUGGGGCGGCAGCCAGGAGCUCCCGGGGCCUCCCUGACUGACACAUCUGCAGCGUCUCGGCUCAGCCUUACUUAAUAAAUGAUCUCCUAACCCA